GGACUGGAGUUAAACCUGCUGCCUCUGCGGCCCUCCAGGACUGGAGUUAAACCUGCUGCCGCUGCGGCCCUCCAGGACUGGAGUUAAACCUGCUGCCUCUGCGGCCCUCCAGGACUGGAGUUAAACCUGCUGCCUCUGCGGCCCUCCAGGACUGGAGUGUGACAGCUGUUGUUUAGGCUCUUUUGCUGUAACCAUGGCUACUAAGACCUUUCAAAUGUUAAACAGUAAAGCAUUUCUUGGUGUGCAAUCGAGAGGCUUAAAGCCUGCGAAUCGAAGCUGUUCUCUGAUGACCCAGGUGCCCUUUUAAGCUCCGUUAAUUUGGCCAGUCUCUGAAGCACCUUUUGUGCCUGAUUCUGCUGCAGUCUUCCUGGCACGCGAGAGCAGGAAGCGGAUUCGUCGGACCCGAAGACAAUUGGACGCGUGUUCAUUAUUUGUACUGUGUACUGUGCUUAAUUGCACGAGGGUAGGCGCGUUUUUUCGCUUUGCGAUUAUAUGGAACAACAGCUGAGUUUACCAAUGUUUUUUAAUUUUUUAUUUUUUAUUCUUGACCACACAGCGUGUUCAGAAACAAAGAGGAGCGAAUUUAAUGUGAAAGAAAAUUCAUAUUCACGGCGUUCCCAUGUUCCUGUGAAAUAAUCACGAUCUGACACCUGUUACGUAGUGCGAGUGAUGUUCAGUUACUGUCACGGAAAAAAAACCUUCAUUAUUUACGAGCCAUCUACGCUGCAGAUGUGGUGCCGUUUUAUUUAUUUAUGUAUUUGUGAUUGGUCUCUUGCAGUGAUUCCAUGGAUUUGUUGUGAAGAUAAGAGUAAAUUUACCUUUCGAAUUAUGACCGUACAAUCCAGUCAUUUAAACGCAUUAAAACAUUGUGCUCUACCCCCAGUUUAAACGUUACACUAGUCCAUGCAUGCGUGUGCAGGUAAUCAGUUCACAACUUGAAAAAGAGGUCAGGAAGAACCACAUGAAAGAGUAUGUCUAUUGGAUUUGAAGAUGCGCUUUGUGUUAUGGUAAUUUAAGUGGGGAGCGGGCAUCGCGCCGCUUCUCUUAUUCAUCACGUUGUUUGAAUGAACCUUUAAAAGGCGCGCGGAGCCGCGCGACCGUAGUCAGACCAUGUCUCCCAGCAGAAUGUGGGGAAACUGGACCGCGCGCCCGCAACUCGAUGGGAACAAUAUUUCGAUCUUUGUGUCUAAACUCACUCCAGGCGGCGAUAUGGGGGUUGGAUUCGCAAUCCUGACCGUCGUGCUGCUGUCUCUCCUUGGCAACGGGCUGGUGUUGGCCAUCUCAUACCGGAGGAGGAAGAAGAUGGCGGGCCCGGAGCUGCUGUGUGUGAACCUGGCGGUGAACGACUUCCUGUCCUGCAUCCUGUUCUACCCGCUCUCCAUCCUGUCGUCUUUCAGCCACUCCUGGCUGGGCUGCCAGCUCACCUGCACCUACUACGGCCUGGGCUGCUUCACCUUCGGCCUGUGCGGCAUGUUCACCAUCGCCGCCAUCAGCGUCACCCGCUACCUGAAGACCUGCUACCACCUGUCGUACGAGGGCGCCAGCAUGCGGCUGGUGUGCUGUGGCAGCUGGCUGGUGGCGGCGGGCUGGUCCUGCUUCCCGCUGCUGGGCUGGGGGGAGUACGUGCCCGAGCCCCAUGGCCUGUCCUGCACCGUCGCCUGGAAACGGUACCACGCCUCCGUCAAAGACGCCGCCUACGUCAUCUGCUCCUUCGCCUGCUUCACCUUCGUCCCCGUGGUCCUCAUCGUGGCCUCGCAGUGCCGGAUCCUGCUCACGGUGUACCGCGUCUCCUCGGCUCUGUCCACACGCGGGAUCCACACACACCUGCGCAACGCAGAGCGCCGGCUGUCUGUGAUGUUCUUCUGCAUCAGCCUGGGUUUCAUCGUGGCGUGGGCGCCCUACGCCGUGGUCUCCUUCCUGUCCAUCUUCGGCGGGGACGACGGCCGCAUGGCGCCGGCUGGCUACGUCUUCCCCGCGCUCUUCGCCAAGAGCUCGCACGUGUACAACCCCUUCAUCUACUUCUACUUCAACAAGGUGUUCCGGCGGGAGCUGUGGGGCCUGCUCCGGGCCCUGGGUCCGCUGGGGUGGCGAAACCGGGUCGGGGUGCGACCCCCGCCCGGCCCCUGGACCCAGCACCCCAUCCAGAUCCAGCUGCAGGAGCACGGCCUGGUCCAGGAGGCCCGCUGUCCCAGCAGCCUCGGCGGCAGCUGGCGCCCCCACGGCCUGCCGGUCCACUCCUGCUGGGUGUCCAAAAUCAGGGUCAGUCCCGCCAGCGCAGACCCCGCGCCCCCCCGGGAGUUUUUACCCAUGUCUGCGUGACUCAGGAAGGCGGGGCGGGG